AUGUCCUCCUUGGAUUCAAACGUCCAGCGAAUCCUGGAACUGCUGGUCCCCAAAUUUCGGGCGCACAAGCAACUAUCACCCCACCCCAUCGUUCUCGGUAUCACUGGACUCCAAGGAAGCGGAAAAUCAACAUGGGCUGGCAAGAUCGUGCAGCUACUCUCGUCCAAGUACAGCCUUAACGCCAUCACCGUCUCCUUGGAUGACUUCUACCAUACACACGACAACCUCGUAGCGCGGAGAGAGCAAGAUCCCGGUAACAAAUUAUACCGAACACGCGGCCAGCCAGGAACACACGACCAGCACCUUGCCCACGAUACGCUACAAGCACUGCGGUCCUGGGACGACAGCAAUGCGAACGCCGUAGACAUACCCGUCUUCGACAAGAGCAGAUUCAACGGCGAAGGCGACCGCGCACCGCACGAGACAUGGCCCUGCUGCACUUCCAAACCAGACGUCGUAGUCUUCGAAGGCUGGUGCGUCGGAUUUCGCUCUCUGCCAGACGCCGCCCUACAGUCAAAAUACCAAACCGCCAAAGCCGCCCCGGCAGACGACAACCCGGAAUGCAUCGUUACGCUGCCUGACCACGACUUUACGCACAUCCAGGAAGUGAAUCGGUCUUUAGCUGAGUACAACGAGACGUUCAUGGGUCCUCAGCAUUUCGACUUCUUCAUACAUCUGGAUACUGAGGAUCUGAGGAAUGUCUAUCGGUGGAGGCUGCAGCAAGAGCAUGCAAUGUGGAAGGCAAAAGGAGCGGGCAUGUCGGAUGAUAGUGUGAGAGCUUUUGUGAGGGGAUAUAUGCCAGCGUACGAGCUAUAUCUUGAGGGGCUGCGGGAGGGUCUUUUUGGAUCGACGAGUGGAAGGCAGGUCCGGGUUGUGAUGGAUAGGGAAAGGGGAGUUGAGAAGGUCGAGCUCAUUUAG